GAGCCACCACUGCCUUACGACCUCACCUUUCCAAUGAAGGGUCUGAGCAGCUAUGUUUCUCUGACUUGGCCGACCAAUCUUUUCAAGCCAGUGGUUAAUCUCACCUUGUGCCUCUGGAUGAAAACCGCUGACUCUGAAAAAGGAUGCCCGUUCAGCUAUGCUGUAACGAGUAGCAUAAACGAAGUGACAAUAUGCAAGGGUACAAUAUACAUCCACGAUGAACACAGGUAGCUUGUUAGAAGUGUAGGCUGAAGUCAUGUUUUUUGUUUGUUUGUCAAAAUUCCAAGGAUUAACCAAAUACUGACUUCAGGCCAAAUAGUCUGUAAACAUUGUUGAUUUUAUUCAGUGUUAAAAGACUGACUGUGUUAAUAUCGUAUAAGGGAAUUCGAACAUAUAGUACAAAGGGUGAAAAUAAGGUUAGUUGUACUCGGCUGUGUCGGGCAAAAAUGAUCAGGGGAGGAGCGCGGGCUAAUUUCCAGAACAGCGGCUGGUAAUCGAUGAACCUUGGAGAAAGACCGCUCCAACUUGAAAGUGACGGAUGCAUGCAAUGGUAGUCUUGCUUAAAAUGUUCUGAACGGAAGGCCAAUACUUGAUCUUUACCCAUAAACGCAUCGUUUUGCGCCAUGCGUUAAGAAAUUCGUUGAUAAAAAAUAACAAAUGCCGUCAUUAUCGGGACAUUCAGUGGAAGCCUUUGUGGGAGGAGAUAGUUUCAGCAGGCUCUGUUAGGGAUCCCAUAAAGCCUAAGCCACGCUCAUCUUGGUUAAAGUCUCAUCAGUACUUACGAGUAUCCCCGUCAUUUUCAUAAGAGAGUGAAAACCCACACCCCACCCCUCCUUCUCUAUUUCCCGGGAACAAGGAAUAAGAUCCACCCAAAUGAAGCGGAAGGAGAUCGCCACGCUGCCCUUAAUAAAUUUUAGUUUAGCUUUUGUUAUGAGUUUUGGUAUAGCGUUCUGAUCUUACAAUAAUUUGUACUUGCACAGAUCCACCUCUUUAGGCAGUUUUUUCGACGGCAGAUGGCAUCAUGUUUGUUUGGUGUGGAUGAACACUGGUCACUGGCAAGUUUUUGUGGAUGGUGUGAUAAUAAGUAAUGGGGACUCUCUCCAGGUGCAUUACAAAAUACAAACUGGAGGCAUGGUAAUAGUCGGUCAAGAACAAGAUUGCACGCAACAUUGUAUUCCCGGAGAUCCCGACGGCUUUCAGAUGAACCAAAGCUUCAUAGGAAGCAUCACCGGACUGAAUGUGUGGGACAGAGUAUAUACUGCGGAUGAGAUACUGAGCAUGUCACAAACAUGUAAUCCGCAAACCGGAAGUGUUCUCCAGUGGUCAGAUUUUCAGGUUUCAUUGCAUGGCGAGGUCCUAGUGGAGUCUCCUUCAGCAUGCAAAGUCAGCACUAAAUGA